AUGUCCUCCACCAUCUCUAAUCCAUCCAUGCUGACUGCAUCUCCCUCCCCAUCUCCCUCACCUGAACCUCAAGAGCACCCGCUAGAGGGUGGCAAUGCGUCUGUCGAUGACCCCACUCUCGAUGAUGCGGCUCUGAAGGAGCCUGAGGAGUCCGAGUCCAACCGGGUGGAACACGCUUGGGCCGCUGUGCUCAAUACCAUGCGCAUUUGCGUGGACACUGCUCCUCCCUCCAAGCCAGAGCUCUUGGAGGAGCAGGAAUCUUGGCUCCGUGACUGGAAUGUCGCGAUGGCCGAUAUGACCGUCGUUUACAAGCGGGCAUGGAAGGGUAAGGAGGUCGUUGCGACGGAGGAGAAGGCAGUUGAGAAGGCGGUGGGGUCUGGUCCAACCGAUAUGGGGCGACCAUGUUUGGGUGGGCGGAUGACCGCGACCUCGGUCAAUUGCCCCGCUGAGCGUUGUCAACGCUGCACCGCGUCUGGCGCCAAGUGCAUCGUCGUUCAUGCGGGCGGGCAUUGCAAAGUGUGCAUCAAAGCGCGAAAAGGCUGUUCGUUCGUCGUGGCUAAGAACAAAGGAUGCGUGCUGGCUGCGCCCAAGCGCAAGGCGCCGCCCUCCGUGCAAACGACUGCACCGGACGCUGGUGAGUCAGAAGUGGAGAUUGUGGGUGAGGCUACAGCCGAUGAACCUGUUCCUGCUCCUUCCAAGGAGAUCAUUGUGCAGCGCCCCAAGCAUGCGCUCGACGCUGAUGCUGCUCCUGCGGCAAAGCGCCCUCGCCUGGAGGCCGACCCGGAGUUGGAGGAGGCACAUGCUGAAGCUGUUUGGCUUCGCGCUGAAAAUGCUGAGCUCCGCACUCACAAUGACAAGUACCGUCUGGCGCUCCUUGACAUGGGCCAACACACGCGCAUCCAGGAGUCUGAGUUGCUCCAUAUGAGCAACCGGCUUUAUAUCUUGGCACAUGACUGGGGGAAUUGGGAGAAGGAGCUUGGGGAGGUCUUAGAAGAUUGA